AUGGGAUACUAUGACGACGACAAGAAUAUCUACCUUGUGGACAAAUUCAAGGAAAUGAUAAAAUUGCACGCUUAUCAGGUGAUUCCCUCGGAAUUGGAAGCACUUCUGAUCACUCAUCCUGGCGUAGCUGAAUCAGCUUCCGUCGCCAUUUCCGAUCAUGAAUCUGGCGAAAGGCCGGUUGCUUUCGUUGUUCUCGACAAAGACAAGCCAGUGAGUACAAAGCAAAUCAUG